UAACAAUUCAACCCGGACUUUUUCCUAUUUCCACGAAACGCCAUCACGACCACAACUUCCGACAACGACCACUUAAUACCAAGUCACAAUGGGUAAGCUACAAUUUUUAUUCUCUCCUCACCACCAGGAUCAAUACAAUCCAAGGCGAACGAUUGCGAACCACGCGACCGAUCAAAAUAUUAUCGAAUGAAUACCGAGUCAAGAAAUCGACGACAACGCGAAUUUACAUUCGUAUCCCACGCCGAAAAAAAACCUACGCAUAUACAAUUAUCAGCCUCAAUAAUUGGAGCACGAAUUCAGUUCGAUUGUGGUGGAGGAAAGAUUGGGACUCGAAUAGCACACGCCGCUCACGCUCGAUAAUCUAAUGAUUGAUCGUACGAAAAAUUUUAACAACGAUCAACUCGACACUCGCAAACACCUCGAGAUCUAGUUGCGCCGAAAUUCGCCUUGGAUUCAAUUACCCGAUCAAUUUUUAGAAGGGAAGGAUUUCUACUAACAAUGAUGGUAUCAGGUCGUCUUCAGGAAUAUCAGGUCAUCGGCCGUCAUUUGCCGACCGAGACCAACCCUACCCCCAAGCUCUACCGCAUGCGAAUCUUCGCUCCCAAUGAGGUCGUGGCCAAGUCUCGUUUCUGGUACUUCUUGACCAAGCUAAAGAAGGUCAAGAAGGCCAACGGUGAGAUUGUCAGCUUGAACAAGAUCGCCGAGAAGAACCCCCUCCGCGUCAAGAACUUCGGUAUCUGGAUUCGAUACGACUCCCGAUCUGGUACCCACAACAUGUACAAGGAGUACCGAGAGAUGUCCCGAACGGAGGCUGUUGAGGCUCUUUACCAGGACAUGGCUGCCCGCCACCGUGCCCGUUUCCGGUCGAUCCACAUCCUCCGCGUCGUCGAAGUCGAGAAGUCCGACGAUGUCAAGCGACCUUACAUCCGACAAUUGAUCACCAAGAACCUUUCUUUCCCUCUACCUCACCGUGUCCCCAAGAUCAGCAACAAGAAGGUAUUCAGUGCUACUCGACCUUCCACUUUCGCAUAAAAGGUUUUUCGUGUUGCCAGUCAGGGGAAAUUUGGGAAUCGGUUUGCCGGUGUUCAUUACGGAAUUGCGGAAAACAACUUUACUAGCAUGGCAUGUACGCUCACAUAGGUAGAGAGCAACGAAAUGCAUACCACAAAUGAACAAAUGAUUUGAUUUGCCUACUUAACUAUUUU